AUGAGCUUGUUGGCUGAAACUGGGUCUCUUCUGCGUUUGCACGGCAGUGGCCCUGCCUCUGGAAAGGACACAGAGGAGCUCCAGAGUGUCUGGAGGAUGAAGGCUGGUGCUCAGAAGGGCAGGGGCACUGCUGGGGUCAGGACAGUGAGGGAGGUUACAGAGGCGAGGAGGAAGGUUCUGAGGGCAGCCAGCACAAACGGUCCAGUGCAAGAUAUUCGCAGGUUUGAUGAGGAGCGCUUCCCCAACCCUAGCCCCAGCUUCGGCCAGGCGACCUUAAUGGAGGUCUGGCUCCGGGUACAAGGCUGGGGCCCCCUGCCUGCCUUCAGUCCAGAGAGAAGCCCAGCCUCCUUGCCUGAGGACUUUCACCUGGAAUGGGAGGUGGCAGUUGAAGCCAGGACAGGGUUUCUCUGCAUGGCCAAAUCCCAGAAAGAACACUUGUUCCUUAGUGGAGGUUUCAACGUAGAGCAGAAGUUUGAACCAAGAGCCAAGGGUCUUCAGCUUCUGUGCCUUUGUGGUGUCAGCCCAACCUCCAGGGAGGAGAGAAGGGCUGGAGAUCUCAGGGACCAGGAGGCAAGCCCACAAUCGGCCGCCCGCACCGUGCCCAGGAGGAGGAGAGGGUACUGCGAGUGCUGCCAGGAGGACUUUGAAGAGCUCCGUGGGCACCUCCAGAGUGCCCAGCACCAGGGCUCUGUCCUCGAAGCCCACCCGUAUGCAGAAGUCAAUUGGAUCAUCACCCAGCUCAGCCACAGCUUUGUGGACACCCCCUCCCAGGAGAGCCUCCCCAGGCAGUCAGACUCCUCAGCUUUGGAUUGCAACCUUCUGUGUCCUGAGACACUGUCUCCCAUCCAGCCCACCUGUGGCAGGGCAGCAUCUCCCAGGGUGAGGGAGGAAGACGACCCCCAGGCCCCUGGCAGCCCGGAUCGGGAUGGCGUGGUGGGCUGCAUGGAGGCACCAGCUGAAUGUGUCGGGGCUGGUGAGGUGCCCAGGCCAGCAGGAAGCUGCCAAGACCUGUGGGGGUCGGCCGAUAUCACUAUGGACCCCCCAGGGGCACUGGUGUCCAGGAGCCCUACUUGCCAGUGCCUUCCGACCAGCUGUGGCUUUGCAGACCUCCCCUCUGGCCCGGACUCAGCACUUGUUGGCCACAAGCGGAAGGUGCAGUUCCCCAGUGGCAAUGCUGAGGGGAAACCAGGGGUCUCCUGGCCGCAGGCCUCAUCCUUUGUCCCAAGAACACUCAGCCCCUGUGGCACCUGGACAACCGAUGGCAGACAGUUCUUCUCCCUUCCCCUUCCAGGCCAUGAGCCCAGGCCUCUGACCUCCCUCCUGCCCCUAUGCCCCCAACAGACCAGCCUCUCCCUCCCAGACCCCUUGCCCUGGCAGCUCCCAGGCAGGCCAGCAGAGCCCUGGGCCACACCUCCCCCCGGGCCUGGGGGAGGCCACUCGCCAGGUUCCGAAGGUCCUGAGUGUGCAGGCCCCAGCCUUGUCUCUGAGUGGACUGAUCGGCCUCCCAGCUGCUCUGCGGCCUCGGGCCAGCUGGCGGGCCAGCUGGCACGCCAGCUGCACUCAGCUGCAGGCACGUAA